CUCGAAAUUUAGGGUUUAUCGAGGGGUUUCUUUUGCUGAGUCUUCCCUUCCUCAUAUUCUGUUGUAUUUUUUAUCCGUUGCCGUCGAUUCCUUCCUUUCGCAAACCUAGAUUUUGUUCUUCUUGCGUUUAGUUAGUUCUUUUUCCCGAUCUCAAAAGCUGUCGAGAUUCAUUGAGGAGCCGCUUUGUAACUCCGGACGCGUUCGCCAGCUUAUAGAAUUCUGCUGUGCGUUGUACUGCGGCUUCUGGUUCAGAACCUGCUAAAUCCUGGUGGGUUAGAGGAUCGCGCUGGCUUUUGGGAUGUGAUGACCUGAUCGCGAGCUUCAUAGGCGCGGCGGAUGAACUAGGAGUGGCGGAGAUUGGGCGAACCCUUGUUUUGGCGCUGGUAAUAUGAUCGAUCGAAUAUGAGCGAUGGAAGAAAGAAUAGUGGAAGGGGUCAACAGAUCAGCUCGAAGAAGAGUCGGCUGUCAGGAGGUGACGAUUUUGGUCAUGCCAUCGCCAAGAUCGCAGUUGCCCAGCUUUGUGAGUCGACCGGGUUUCACUACUCCCGUCGCUCUGCGAUUGACGCUCUUGCAGAGGUUGCCGUCCGGUACAUUUGCGAUCUAGGCAAAAGUGCCAAUUUUUAUGCCAAUUUGGCUGGAAGAGCGGAUUGCAAUGUGUUUGAUGUCAUCCAGGGAAUACAGGAUUUGGACUCGUGGAGAGGGUUUUCUGGUGCAUCUGGUGUUCACCGUUGCCUAGUGAAUGCUGGUGUAGUUCGAGAGAUCACCCAGUUUGUAAGCACAGAAGAGGAAAUCCCAUUUGUUCAGCCCAUUCCUAGAUUCCCUGUAUCUCGAAUGCCCAAGCCUGCACCUAGCUUUGUUCAGGCUGGGGAGGAACCGCCGGGAGAGCACAUACCUAACUGGCUUCCAAGGUUCCCUGAUCCGCACACCUAUGUCCACACACCAGUUUGGAACAAGAGGGACACUGAUGUCAAAGCAGACAUGGUUGAACUAGCAAAGCGGCGGAAGAAGGCUGAGAGGUCUUUGUUAAGCUUACAACAGCGGCUUGCCUGCAACAGUACAGCUGGGUUUCGUCCAACCAAAGAUGGCCAUGUUGGGAAUGGCAAUCAGGUUAAUAACAAUCCUUUUCUGGCCUCACCUUUACCAUAUGGUGAGAAAGAAGUAUCUGAAAUUGCCAGUCCACUGAAAGCGUAUGCUGGCAAGAGGUUGUCUGUUCUUGAGACUUUUGUCCCUGUCAUCAAGGCGGCAAAGGUUGGUUCUCUCGACUUCAAUACUAAUGAGAGAAAGCUUCUUCAUGGAAUCAGGCCUACAGUGCAUUUUAAGGUUAGGACUGUCAAGAAAUCUGUAACAGCAUCACUCCCUUCUGACACUUUGAUUGCUGAUAAGGAUUCAUGGACUCUCAAGUACGAUGAGAAGGAUGACAAGAAGAAGAGAGCAGAGAUUAUAUUUAGAGCAGUAAUAGACAAACCACAUGAACUUGCUCAGCUAUAAAGAACAUCUAGACACGCUUGCAGAGUGGAAAUGUAACUGUAUUGUAUGGCAUGUCAAAUUUGGUCGAUUGUGCACUUUUCUGUUCCCAACGAGUUGGGCUGUGUGAGAAAUUCUAGGAACUUGGCAAGAAGAAAGAUCUGCAUCAGCUGAGAUCCACUUACGGGAGAUCAAAGCUUCUUUUUUUUUCUGAUUUCUGGAGUAAUUAUAAAGGUAUGAUGCUUGGAAAGUGUUAAAUAUCUGGAUCCUUGAAGAGUUGAAUUUGUAUCAUGCUUGGAAUGCGUGGAUUAGUCAACCAGAUUGGGGAGCAAGUUGCAGAAUAGAAGGGCAGAAAAAUAUCAUCAAGGUGAGUCAUUGUUAUACAUUCA